AUGGACUACUCACAAGUCGGUCAGUACAGAUUCUUUUCUUUACUGAGUGAUACAAAUCUGCUCAGUCAUUUUGGGUUAGAAGAAGCUGAACGAGUUGGGGAGUUGGAGGCACCGAAAUGGCACAUCGACCAAUGCAGUGGUAGUGAAGUAAGUCUCCAAACAUAA